AUGGGUUUCUGUAAAAUCAAAAUGAAACGUGUCAAUGUCAUGCUCAACAAAGCAAAUGUUUUGGACGCUGACGCAAAGUGGCUGGUGUGGGCAGAGUCACGCUUUGCGUCUAUCGCGGGCAAAGACACGGACAUCGACCGGGAGAGCUUCAAGAAUGCUUUGGGCAUACGAAAUGUGUUUUUCGCCGACCGGUUCUUUGAUAUGUUAGACAAUGAUCAAAGUGGGACGAUCUCCCAACAAGAAAUGAUGGACGGUCUCUUCCUUCUCACCAAGGGAACCAAAGAGGAAAAACUCCGGUUCUUUUUUGACGUCUACGACUUAGACGUUAAACCAGCAUUCCAAAUUGCUAGCUUUGCAAUAAAUCUGGUCAACAUGUUUGCCCCAUCUAAGAUCUGA